AUGGAGAAGCGCCCCGCCGAGGACCCGCCCGCGGGGGAGGAUCCUCCCAAGGCCCCUCGCGUGGGUCCCACGGCCGACGCGGACACGCAAACCACGGGAGGGUACCUCCCGCCCGCCCCGCCCGCGAAGGUCGACGCCUCCGUCGCGGCGUCGGAGGGUGUCGCCUCGGCUUCGCCCUACGGCCCCACCGCGCGCCUGGUGCCCGAGGCGAUGAUCACCGCGGCGGUGGCGGCGAUGCGCCGGGAGGACUUCCCGCGGAAAACGACGGAAAACGACGAGGACGAGGCGCCCGCGAUGCGCACGGAGACGCCGGACGAGAAGCCCCCUCCUCCCGCCAACGAGGAGACCCCUCCGGAGACGGAGCCGACGCCGAUGGAGGAUGAUGGCGAGGAGGUUGUCAUCGAGGAGCGCGCGUGGACGGGAGGAGAGACGCUUUCGACGGCGCCCGCGUCCUCGUCGCCUCACGCGCGCCCCGCGCCGCCGCACCCCCCGAUAUCCGCUCCCGCGAUCGUGCACGAGCCUCCCGCGCGCGCUCCGCCGCCGAAGGUGUUGCUCGAAAGUAGGCGAGGACCUACAACCCAGGAAGCCCUGGAUGCGCUGAAAGAAGAGUUGAGAACGCAUCGGGAGCGGGACCCGCACUGGCGCUUCCUGCAAGCUCACCAGUUCAAGACGGCGUGGGCGGAGGAGUGGCCAGGCGGUUUGUGGAUUGCUAACCGUGUCGGUGAUGGUGAAAGAGCGAGGAGAUACCGUGCGUCGAUGUCGGAGGCAGAGCUCGAGUUGCUCAACGAGCUGAUCUCAUCCACCGCCGCGGCGCCCCGCAAGCCCCUCUGGACCGUGCCCGGCCUGGACCCGGCGUCGCUGUGGAAAGCCAUCCAGCGCGACCCGGAUCCGUUCGCGCGCGACAUCCUACGGGACCUCGAACGCGCCGAACGCACCGAACCCUACCUCCAGGUGGGAGACCGAUGGCGAAGAGAACCGUGGGAGGUGAACCCCUACGAGCACAUCGGUCCGGGGUUCGUCGUCGCCGACGACUUGCCGGAACCCGACGCUUCGGAGGUUUGCGAGAAACUUCACACGACGAUGCCGCGCGGGUGGACGGACUUACCCCCGGAGCCGCCGAGCGCGAUGCUGAACGGCGCGAAGAUGGCCGCCGCUGUGGACGAUGUCAAAUGCCUCGAGUGCGGUCGCGCCGACGGCGAAGCUGAUUUCGUGCUCUGCGACGGGUGCCCCGACGACGACGUCAGGGGCGGGCACUGGCGGUGCCUCGGCAUGGCGCGCUUACCCACCGGCGAUUGGUUCUGCGAUCGAUGCGUGACGGACGGCAAGGGGACGAACGACGACGCGAUGUACGGCGAUGCGGGCGACGACGGGGCCGGUGACUCAUCGCCCGGUGACUCACCACCUGUGCCGUCGAUCGCCCCCAUCGUCCCUCUGCAUCCGUACGUCCCGAACGCGAAGCCGCGGGUCCACGACCGAGUUCCGCUGCGACUGGGCGUGGACGUGGAGGAACGGCCGAUGUGGGGGUGCGACUGCUACACGCGCGUCGCCGUCGACGCGGCGCUGUCGCGAGCGCCCGGGUACGCGGGCGACUGCGUGGACGCUCGACGGAGACGCGAUUUGUUUUUUUCCAAGUUGCUCAUGCCCGCGGUGCACACGAUGGGGGCGGACGGGUGGGAUCUCGCGUUGGCGGUGCAGAAGCUCGCGGCGGGGACGUCGCCGAGGGAACCGUACGACGACGCGGCGGCGCGGAACGAGGCUGGAGCGGACGGGGGCGGUGACUCACCGGGCGGUGACUCACCGGCUCCGUCGGCGUUUGAGAGGGACUUUGCGACGAUCAAGGAGGGCUGCGACGCCAUCCUUCGGGCGAUUCGCGAGGUUGACGAGGCUGCGCUGCCCACGGUGCCCCCGCCCAAGCCCGCGAAGGGUCAGAAGACCAAGCUACAGAUGGAAGGGACGGGCGUCGCGGGGAUUAAGGGUUCGAAGGAGUCGCGAGACGCCGCCGCCAACGCCGCCGGGAUCAAGCGACCCAUGACGGCUUUCUUCAUAUUCUCGCAGGAGCAACGGGCGUUGUUAAUCGAGCAACGCCCCGAACUCCGCACGAACAUCUCGGCGGUGGGUAAGCUGAUGGGCGAGCGGUGGCGGAAGCUGUCCGACGAGGAGAAGUUUCCCUACGCAAUCAAAGCCGAGGAGGCGAGACACGAGUACGAAAUCGCCGCGACAAAGGCGGAGGAGGAGGCUCACGCGGCGGCGAAGGCUCGCGAGGAGGCGGAGAUGGCCGCGCUGGCGCAGGAACGCGCGGACGCCGAGGCUAAGAAGGCGGAGGCGGCAGCCGCGCUGGAACGCGAGAUGGCGGAGGCUGCGGAGAAGGGGAUCAUACUGCAGGUGUACGGAGCGGGGCGAAAGCCUCGAAAACCGAACCAGUCAUCGCUCAAGUCACACAAGCGCCGACACUUUCGCAUGCACCCAAAGGGAAUCGGGAUCGUGUGCAUACGUCCCGAGGGGUUACCCCCCGGGACGUACAUUCAGGAUUACCUCGGCGAGCUGUACUCGCCGUGGCGGUGGUUCGAGCGACAGGACGCCAUCAAGAAGAGGGAGCCCGACAAGGAGCUCCCGGAUUUUUUCAACAUCACUCUGGAGAGACCCGCGGAGGACGCCGCCGGUCACGACGUGCUGUUCGUGGAGGCGGCGCACAGGUGCACGUUCGCGUCUCGGCUCUCGCACUCGUGCGCGCCCAACUGCCAGACGGUGGGCGUCGCGGUGGCGGACCAGACGGACCAAAAGUUGGACCAAAAGUUGGACCAAAAUAAUUUGGACCAAAAGUUGGGCCAAACCGCCGACCCGCCGCGGACGAAGCUGUCCAUCGCGCAGUACACGACGAGGCACGUGUCGUACGGAGAGGAACUCUGCUGGAACUACAGCUGCGUCACCGAGUCCGAGAAGGAGUACCGGGCCGCCAUAUGCCUGUGCUCGUCGACGACGUGCAAAGGCGCCUUUUUGGACUACGCCGGAUCAUCCGCGUUCACCGCGGUGAUGAACGUCCGGCACAAUUUCCUCGACCGCAACGCCCUGUUGAUCCGCGCGUGCUCCGAGCCCCUCACCUCAGACGAUCGCGCGAGGCUGGCGACGGCGGGGAUCAAGAGCGCGGCGCUGACGAUGCCGGGGGAGCGGACGCGAACCGGCGAGCGGGUAGAGUGCCCGGAAUGGCUCAUCAAGUGGGCGUCGCUCACCUUGGAGUACAUCGAGAUGGAGAAGGAGCUGCUGCCGGCGGCGCUGACGGCCAAACCCAUCGACGGCAUCGUGUACGACGCCGGGUUCGCCGCGGCGACCGCGGCGGGAGUCGUCGCCACGAGGAUAUCCAACCUGGUGGUGACGCUCGACAAGAUCAAGUACGUGAUGCGGCAGCCCGGUCAGAACCGCGCGCCUUUUCUCCGACACCUGUCCGACAACGAGGUCGUGGACCACCUGUUGGGGGACAUCCUCAAGCGAGCGGCGGACACGUUCGCGAAGAAGGUUGGCGUCAAAGCCGGGUUGCCGUUUUUCGGAGGAAAAGGCGCGAGAAACGCGGGCGCCGAGGCUAAGAUGCCAGCCGCGGUUGGACAGAGGGAGGGGGACGUCCUGAGGUUCAUCCUCGGCGUGUUGGCCAAGCCCCCGUCCGAGUUUACCCCCCAGGAGGCUUCGCAAACCCUGGAAACGUGCUCGCGGAAGAUUCGCGAUCUCGGCGCGGUGCACUGCGCGAUGGCGGAUCUGCUGCUCCUCUACGCGAGGACCGCGCACUGGUGCACUCCCGAGGCGUACGCGGGAUUCCAAUCGCCUCCCGUGCGACUGGUGCCGCUGCCCAAGGACAAGCUGGGUGGGCGGGAUCGACGGCUUAAGGACGGGAACGACGCAGGGGACGCAGCAGAGGGGACGACUGUUCAAAUUCCCGAGGGGACGACUGUUCCAAUUCCCGAGGGGACGGUUCAAAUUCCGCAUCCGCCUGACGGCGCUUCCGACGCCGCGCCGACGAAAUCGACGCUCGCGAACGGCCGCAAGCUCCCGGCGGUGUUCAAGGGCAACAUCGACAACGUCAUGAAGAAGAAGUACCAGCCGCACUUCGCGUGGGGCCAGCUCGUGUCGUGGUUCAAGCAGACCAUCUACGACCCCUCGGCGUCUUUAUCCGCCGAGCGAAGGGGCGCCAUGUCCUUACCCGACCCCGAGAGCGCGUACGGCGACAAGAACUACGUCACCGGGGACAGGCGAUCGAUGCUGCGACAGAUCGCGAGGGAUCCGAGCAAGAUGUGGCCGACGACGUGGGCGUGGUCGUUUCGUAACCCCGGCAAGGUGUACGGAUCUCCGUUCAUAGACGACGCGAUUAGAGCGGCCAAGGGGGAGGAGCGGACGCUGCCGGGGCUGCUGGAGGAGCUGAGGGCGGUUUUAGCGGAGGAAGGGGGGGGAGCGGGGGAUGGCGCGACGGGGGCGGCGGCGGCGGGAGGGAAGAAGAGGAAGAAAUAG